AUCUAUCAUUUAAAGACGAAGGACAAACAUUAAUGGCUGACCUAGAAAUUGUAAACACUUGUCAGUCUUUCCGUUUAUAGUUUUGUUUUCUAUUUGAUUUUAAUUUUUCUUAUUUUAUGACAAAUUUUAUAAUUUAUAUUUUUAAAUGAAAAUGAAUUCCGACGAUUAUAAUUUUGAAAGUGUAUUAGGUAGCGGAACAUUUGGAACGGUACAUUUAGUACGAAGAAAAAGUGACUGGAAACCAUUUGUUAUUAAAGAGCAAAAAUUAAGCGCCACGAAUUUUUUGAGUUUUAAGAUGGCUUUAAUAGAAGUUGAUUCCAUUCGGAAACUGAGGCAUCCUAAUAUUGUUUCUUAUCGUGGAGCUUGGCUGGAAGGUAAACGAAGUUUUAUUUUGAUGGAAUUUGCAAGACAUGGAACUUUAAAGGAUUUAUUGGAGAAACGACAAAUGCCUUUAAAAGAAGAGGAUGCUGUUUAUUUAUUUACUCAGGUAGUUUUAGGAGUCAAUCAUAUUCAUUCGAAAAAUAUUUUACACAGAGAUUUAAAACCAGAAAAUAUUAUGCUCACUGGGCGAAAUGCGGAUGUUGUUAAAAUUGUUGAUUUCGGACUUUCAAAAAAUAAUCAAGAAAGUAUCUUAAGUCAUGCAGGAACUUUUUUUUACAUGGCACCGGAAAUGUUGCAAGGCCAGGUUUAUGAUUUAAAAUGCGAUAUUUGGAGUAUGGGUGUCGUAUUAUAUGAAAUGGUGACAAAAACACUUCCUUUUCCUGCUACGACACUUCCGGAAUUAAUAAAAAUGGUGAUGCUCGAAAAGCCAAAACCUUUUUCAAUAGGCCUAAGUGAAAAUUUGAUUAGUAUGAUUUCAAAAAUGUUAAGAAAAAAAGCAAUUCUACGUCCAUCGACAGAGCUACUUAUUUCAUCACCGUGUUUGAAGAAUAUUGUUGUAAAAAUUUACCUCAACGUCGGUCGUUGCCAUCCUAAUUUAAAAGAUGAGCUUACACCGAAAGUAUUUUUAAACUUUUUAAAACCUAAAUCUGCUACUAUCACAAAAAAAGUUUAAUAUUGCAUUAAUUUAAUUGCAUAAUUUGUAAAAGAGCUUGAAGACGAAAUUUAACUCUUUUUUUUACUCAUUUUAAAACUUUUUAAUAGCUUCUAAGACUUAUAAAUUGUUUAAAAAUUUUUUUUUAAAUUUCAUAUGCUGGUCAUUGUGACAAAUUAUUUAUUAUGUUUUUUUAAUGAAAAUUUUACAAUAUUUUUCAUUAGAAAAAUUACAAAUAUUUUAAUCUACUAAUAAUUUUAUUUAAGAGUCAUUAUUUGAAUUCUAUUUUUUUACCUAAUUUACGAGACUAUUAUAUCUCUGUUUUUAUUAUAUUUGGACAUUAUUAUAUUAGAAAUCUAAUGACAUGGACUCUUUUAUAUGUUUUCAACAAAAAAAAAAAAAAUAAUAAAUAUGAAAUUCUAAGUCACGCAAGGGAAAAGAACAAAUUUAGUUCAACUAUUGUUAAAACGCAUAUUACACUCGGAAAAAUCGAAGAAUGAUUAUAUGUAUAUCUCCCUCUGACACAACAUGUGUCCGUUGAUGGUUCGGAGAAAACAAAGGUUUUCAAAUCGUACAAUGAUAUCGGUUCUAAGGGACCGAUAAACAUCGCAUAGAAUUCAGAAUCAUAGAAUUUGUUUUUAUAUGCCGGGUGAAUAAAAAUUCAUUUAAUUGUGUCAA